AUGUGCACCAGCAAGCAGGUCUACAACGAGUGCCGGACCCUGCCCCUGCAUGCUAACGAGUUCGUCUUCUUCAACUGGUUCUCCUCGGGCAUGUGGGCGGCACGGUCCUUCACGCGAGGGCUGCGCCCGUGGCAGCGUGACGAGAUGCGGUUCGUGCGGCUCGAGAUGCUGGGGCGGGACUUUACGGGCCCGACGCUCAAGGAAUGGGUCCAGCUGUGCGGACACUGGGCCCCGGGGGUCCAGGGUCUCAGGCUCAAGAUUCUGGUCGGGGGCGGGUUGUUCGAACCCAUGGCCACAUUCGCCGCUCUGAACGGCAACGCGGAGUCGAGGGCCCUGGGGCUGGCGACGGGGACCGCGCCGCGUAGCGAGCCGGUACCCGAAUGGAUCGAGGAGGGGUUGAAGCGGAUGAGGGCGUUGACGAGGCUAGAGGUCGAGCUGAUGGUGCUGGACUGGGGAAACGACGAGAAGAUUGCGUGGUGCGCCGAGCUCGGGAGGAUUCUGGACGAAAACAGGCGGGAGACGGGACAGGAGAGGGUCGUCGUCAGGUGUGUCGAGAGGUUUAUGGAGGAACCCAGGCCAAAAAGGCAAGUCUCCGGCGAACCCACGAAGAGCUGA